AAAUGAUUAUUGCGUAUUACGGUAAAAUAAAGUAGAUAUUUAAAAGCAACAUUUUUGUGAAAGUGACAGUUUAAAUCCCCAGAAUAAUACGUGUAGUUCGUCCGGCUCACAAUUCGUUUAUUUUUGAACGGUGUUUAGAAGUCAUUGACCUCCUGUGAAGUUGCUCCUUACAGUGGUGUGCACAGUCUGGAUACAGUAUAAAGAACUAGUUUUGACAACAUCUGCCAAUUACCCUGUUUACAGAGGCACUAAAUCUGUGAUUUUUUUGUAGACAACAACAUAUUUUUAAUGACAUAAAUUGAUGUGAUAGAUUAUAAUUGCAAAAAAGAAAAAAAUUUAAUAUUCAGUAUGAAAUGGAAUACAUUUGAGAUUUUUCAGCUUGGAUGAAUGGUGAUUACUUGGUGCGUGGAAUUUAGACAGAGCUUAUAAUGGCUAGCUCAGAAAUUGUGAAACUUAAUGUAGGUGGUGUCAUAUAUACCACCACUAAAUCUACACUGUGUAAAUUCCCACAUUCUAUGCUUGGAGCCAUGUUUAAUGGCAGUUUGUCAACAAGCCUUGAUGAAUGUGGUUGUGUUUUUAUUGACAGAGAUGGUGAGUUGUUCAAGCAUAUUUUGAAUUAUUUAAGAUCGUCAAGACUUGCACUUCCAUGUGAUUUUAAAGAUCUGGACCAGUUAAGUGUUGAAGCUGACUUCUACCAGAUCACAUCUUUAAUAGACCACAUAGAAAUGCUAAAACAGCCAGUGCCUGAAAAACAUGUUCGCAUGAGAUAUCUGGAAGUGAUUGAAGUACGAACAGGCAAUCUAGCAACUAUGCCUACCAUGAAUUCUCGAAUAAAGACAAUUAUUUCCGGUCGAAGAGAUAUAAUUCAUAAAUUUUUGUCACCACACCAGAUUCACCCUGCAGAACGUGAACGUUUACAGCUAAACACUGGAAAGGAUUUUACAGAAAUUGCGCUCACAGGAAGUAAUGUUAGGUUGCAGGUUGGUGAGUGUUUACGGAAUCAAGGUUGGGAACUUUCAGAAUCUCAGAUGUCUACAUUUCCAUCAGGGGAGGCAAUUGUUCACAAUUACAAGGAUAGAUGGAGCCUUGCUCAAAUCAAGGGAGAGCAUUCACUUGAAGAAUCACAGUGUAAUGGAAUAGAUGAUGAAACAUUGGAAGAAAUUUCCUUACUUAGCAAUGAAGAUGAUCAGUGAAGAAGCAAAUGAUUAAAUUUGGAAAAUAUUAUUCUGUCUCCCACCACACAGUGGUGUGGGAGACAUAUUGAUUUACUCCUAUCUGUGUGUCAGUUUGUCUGUGUGUGUAUGUCUGUCUGUCACAAAUCUUUUCGCACUCAAAGUCGAACAUUUCUCAUCAGAUUUUCACCAAACUUGAACAAAAUGUGUUCGAUUAUGUCCUCAGCCAAGUUUUAUAACUAGCCAAAUAGGCCCAGGCUCUUUGGAGUUAUGGCCCUUGAAUUACCGAAAAUUGGCCUUUUUACUCUUGUCCGCGCUCUAAGUCGAACAUUUUGUCAUCAGAUUUUCACCAAACUUGAACAAAAUGUGUUUGACUAUAAGUCCUCGGCCAAGUUCAAUGACUAGACAAAUUGGCCAAGGCACUUCGGAAUUAUGGCCCUUGAAUUACCUAAAAUCAGCCUUUUUACUCUUCAAAGGUAUAUUUGUAGUGAGUAAACAGUAUAUAAAGACAGACUUACUGUUUAGAUGAUUAGGCAGUUGUGGGAGACAUGCGCUUUUCUCAAAAGCAGCUCUAGUAGUUUUUAUAACUAUCUGUAUCCUGAUCUGUAUUAGAGACAGAAAUGUAAACAAACCUUGCAGAUUUAUUUUUGAUUGUUGUGAAGGUACUAUUUUUACUUCUAUAUGCUUUUUACCCAGUUUUGUUUGAAAAACGAGUCUUAUGAUUGUUAAAGUCUAUUUUGAAUUUAAAUAUAUGCUUCUAAACAUU